AUGGAAGAAGUACAGAAAGAGUGUAAUGGCAAACUUGAAGAAGUACAAAAAGAGAUCAGUGAAUUUGAAAAGAACUUUGCCAAGCGACGAAUGAGUACCCCCAUACUUCACGCUGGUACAAAGUUCCGACAUGGCUUACUGCAGCUGAUGAUCCACUCCAUCGAUCCUCUCCAUGAAGGAAAAUUAGAUGAAAAGGCUUCCCAACUUCACGCAAUUGCUUCUCUCCGCGUUCUCCUCGAUGCUACCAGAACAAACAACAGUGAAUUACAAAAUGGCGCUAUCAUCGCGCAUGCAACAUCACCUACCGGGAAACAGUGCUUAACUUCUUCUUCGUGUUCAACUUGCAAAACUUCUGCUAACUGUAUAUGCAAUGGAGUCCAGUCUGUUUCCUUUGCAAAUGCUUCGGCAGAUAUCCACAAUCAUGCAACCACUCCAGAAACCCAAAUUUCGCCAUCUGGUGGAAAUAAUGAGAAUGAAACAUUUCAAACUGAUGCCGUCCAGACUAGCAAGAUCGAAAACAACGUGACUUCCUUAACUUUGACGUCUGGAAACUCAGUAAAUGAUAUAAAACAAAUGAAUCCUGACAUUGAAGAGAAGAAGGACAGCGUACCAUCUGACAACAAUAAACAGCAGAACAAAAUAAACAAAUCAAAUUCUUCAGCCAGUGCAUAUGAAAUUACGGCUGAUGUUGAGCAACCACCGUCCGCUAGUCCUCCUGCCGCCCCUACUGAGUUACAACAAACGAGUAAUCCAGAAAAAGAAGAAGAGACUGCAAGUCCACUUGAUAUCUCUUGGCCUGACACCUGGAGGAAGCGACUGAACUAUGUUCUUUUAGCACCAAUCAUCUUUCCUUUAUGGUUAACUUUACCUGAUGUUCGAAAAGAG